CACUUGGUAUAUUCCAAGUCCUGGCUUGGAUAUUCGACCAUGGAGAAGGCAGUCGAUUCGGAGAAACUAGCACGACUGCAAGGUAUUGCAGCGCGUCCCCGGUACAAUCGACUGCUUCUUGCUGUGGUGAUUAGCGUGUUGUUAUAUCUUUCCUUUUCUCACAGGCGCAAGCCUUGUAUGGACGCUGCGAUCAAAACCUCCACGCUCGCUUCUGGUAUAGCGUGGUCGUCUUGCCCGGACCUCACAGAGUUUGAUUGCGCCUACUUGAGCGUUGCUCUCGACUACAUCAAUCCCUUUGCGAAUGAGACAGUUUCGCUUGCACUGCGUCGUUUGCCAGCUACGGCGCCAAAGAGUGAGCGGUUGGGGACGCUGUUGACAAACCCUGGUGGUCCGGGUGGCUCUGGAACGAACUCGGUGGCACGAUGUGGACCGGCGAUGAAUAUCGUUUUGAAGGGAAGAUACGACAUCAUUCCUUGGGAUCCUCGUGGAGUGAACAUGACCACGCCUGCAUUAGAUUGCUUCCCCACGGACUGGGAUGAGUACAUGCAAGACCUGAAGCGAUUCCAGCUCGGGAUGCCGCACGAAAUUUGAGAAGCUGUCGCGCCCCAUAAUGGCCGUGCAAGAGAUGCUGAGCUGAACUACUUCGAACGAAUUGAUGCGUAUUCACGUUCGGUGUGGGAGAGUUGUCAGCGGAAUGGGAACGAGAAGAUGCUGGGCGCGGUUACGACGGCUUUCACGGCGCGAGACAUGAAGAGUAUCCUGGAAGCAUUGGGUGAGGAAGACAGGGGCAUGGUCUAUUGGGGAUUCAGCUACGGUACUAUGGUGGGAGUCACCUUUGCAGCAAUGUUCCCCGAGCUUGCACACCGCAUGGUCCUAGACGGAGUGAGCAAUGCCGUUUCUUUCACCACAGACAUAUACAAACAUGGCUGGAGCGACACGGAAGACACGAACAAAGUCUGGCAGGGGUUCCUCGCAGCGUGUGCCGAAGCAGGGCCAGAAGGCUGCGCUCUGGCUAAGCCAAACUCGACUGCUGAAGAGUUAGAGCUGAGGAUCAAGGCUCUGGAGCAGGAGCUUGUCGGUAGCCCGCUUCCCGUACCCUUCACGGGACUGAAUUCGGGCGUCAUCACCGCCAGCGAUAUUACUGCUGCGAUCUUCUCUAGCAUGUACAAACCGACUCUCUGGCCGAAGCUCGCCAAAGCUCUUGCAGAUGCCGAACAGGGAGACGGAGCGGCAUUGGCCGAUCUUAACGGUUUCUCUGACACAAAAUCAAUGUCGCGCCCCACUAGUAUGACGAAUAACAUGUUCAAUCGACAUCUGAGCACUCUGGGUGGUGUCGUGGCAACUGCUGGCAUCACUUGCUCCGAUACUGAUCCGGAGACGAUGCGCAGCAAGCCGGGCGCUGAGGCAUUCAUGGAUUACUCACGCGAGCUGGAGGAGAGAAGCAUAACUGGAGCACGCUGGGCACAGGCCAUAGCAGGCAAGUGCAGGUUUUGGAAUGUCACUGCCAGGGAGACAUAUCGCGGCCCCUGGACGGUAGAGGAUGGGCUCAAAAAGACUAAGCAUCGGGUGAUAUUCUUAGGAAACACUGCGGACCCGCGGUUACGCCUCUUAUUUCGGCGCGGGCGAUGUCAAAGAACUUCGGGCCCGAGUCCGCAACCCUGCUGAUCCAAGAUGGCUUCGGGCACUGUUCUCCCGCGCAUCCGUCUCUGUGCACAGCACAUAAGCUUCAAGACUACUUCUUUAAGGGCAAAUUACCGGAAUAUGGGACAAUAUGCAAGUCGGAUCCAGGACAGUUGUUCCCUGUGGAAGGGGCGAAGGAGGCCGUUUUGGUUGGGCUCAGUGAGGAAGAUAAGAAACUGAUGAAGGCCCUGCAAGACCUCGCAGAGCGCUUCUGAGGCGAUUUUCGACAUUUAUCAUUGCUUUGAAGCUAUUGUAUUCUGUGUGCUAGUAACCAAAUGUAUUGUGAUAUGGUCAUGCGCUGCGGUCAUGCAGUUACACAAUACAAAGUGUAUUGUAGUUAGUCCGUCGUAGCCAUACCCAAUAUAUCCGUUGCCG